GCUGCCCUUUAGCUAAAAAUACAAAACCGCCGUUCACACUGAUCACCAUAAACAACAAUCUCAUUUUCCAAAAGCCAUGGCUCUAUCUGGUAAUGGAAUACAGUCCACUCAAGAGCUUCUUGACGCUCAAUCUCAUGUUUGGAACCAUCUUUUUAACUUCAUAAACUCCAUGUCUCUGAAAUGCGUAAUUCAACUUGGCAUCCCCGACAUCAUCCUCAAACACGGCAAACCCAUGACGCUUUCAGAAUUAACCCAUUCCCUCCACCUCAACGAUGCCAAAUCCCCCAGUCUUGAACGUUUAAUGCGUAUUAUGAUCCAUUCCAAGUUCUUUAUCAAUGUCAAAAUCUCUCAAGUAGAGGAGACUGACGGGUAUUGGCUCACACCAGCUUCUCAUCUCCUCUUGAGAGACGAGCCCUCGAGCAUGAGGCCUUUUGCACUCGUCUUGCUAGACCCGAUUUUGAUAGAUCCAUGGCAUCAUGUGAGCAAGUGGUUUAAAUCUGAUCAUGAUCUGACGCCGUUUCUGACCACUCAUGGCCGGACAUUUUGGGAGUAUGCUGCGCAAGACCCGAGGCUGAAUUGUUUCUUCAACGAGGCAAUGGCCUGCGAUACAGUGCUGGUUGCUAGUGUGAUUACUGGAGAUUGUCGAAAUGUAUUUGAGGGUUUGAAAUCGAUGGUGGAUGUUGGUGGUGGCACAGGAACUGUGGCCAAGGCUGUUGCCGAUGCUUUCACCGGCUUGAACUGCGUUGUGCUUGACCUUCCGCAUGUAGUUGCUGGAUGUGAAGGGACUGAGAACUUGGUUUUUGUUGCAGGUGACAUGUUUGAGUACAUUCCUUCUGCUGAUGCAGUGUUCAUGAAGUGGAUAUUGCACGAUUGGCCAGACGAAAAAUGUCUUAAAAUAUUGGAGAAAUGCAAACAAGCAGUCUCUGACAAAGACAAAAAAGGAAAGGUGAUUAUAGUAGACAUAGUUGUGGAUUUCCAGAAGGAGCAUAAGGCAAUAGAAACUCAGCUCUUCUUUGAUAUGUUGAUGAUGAAUGUAGCCUCUGGAAGAGAGAGAACUGAGAAAGAUUGGGCAGAGCUAUUUUUUGCUGCCGGCUUCACGAGCUACAAGAUUACUCCUGUAUUAGGAUUGCGUUCUCUCAUUGAGCUUUUUCCAUAAUUCCUAAAUUUAUUUUUCUUUCUUUGCAUGCCCGAUUGUGAACUAGGGCCUCCCUUUUAAUUCAUUGAAUGGAGUAGAUAAGUGACCUGUGAAAUGAAUAAUUACAUCUUGAAUUGGAUAGAAUAAAAAGUUGUAGAUCAUGUUGAGUUGCAUUGUGAUUUUUAAAAUAUUACACAUGUGUUCAUUCUUGAACAUUA